AUGAAUUUACUAGUUAAGGUCACAGCAGUGCUAAGUUUGGUGCCCUUGAUUUUUUCAAUAGAAAAUGAGAGCAUAGCCAUAGGAGAACAUAAGAGUGCUGAGUCAGAGCCAAAAAAGGUGUUUUCUGUGUGUUCAGAAGAGAAUAUAUUUAUGGAGUAUUUUCAUAAGUUCGUUAUGCUAGACAGUGAGCAGAGCAAAAGCAAAGAAUUAGUAAGAACUGAGUGCGAUGGUUUUAUCAUAAACCCAACAUUCCAAGAAGUGAUGAGCACGUUAAACGAAAAAGAAAACUAUGCUCUUAUUUGCAACUACUCAAGGGAUAAAAGCAAAGAUAGUAACUUUUCUGUUCUCAUGUCCACGAAAGAGAAUGAGAAUUGGAAAACAAGAACGACUUAUAUUUCAAAUAUCAGAAACCCUACGUGCAUUCCGACUCUCCUUACUCUUCGGUCUUCUUUAGAUCAGAAGAACGUGAUCAAGAUAAAUGCGGCAUAUAAUAUUGAGCCUAGUGAGAUUGCUAAGCAUAAAAUAGAAGCAAAAAAUUUACUUAAUAUUUUAAAAGAAUUAGACACACAGGACACAAAGAAUAGAAGCUUAUGCAUAGAAAAACUAAAUUUUGUUAUUAAAAAAGUCAAGAAACUAAAGGAACUCCGAAUUAUUAUUGAUAGGGCAGAAUACGAGAUAGAAAACAGCGAAGGGCCUAAAGACGAGAGUAAGCUGCUUGAAAAACAGAAAGAAUAUUUUAUUAUUCUAUAUGCAAUAAAAGACUUUCUCUCAAGGUUAAAUAAACUACUAGGGCCUUUCCUUGAUGCUCCAAUAGAGAAAGUUAAUAAUAUCAUACGAGAAGGAAAGACUUCUUCUUUUGGAAGAUACAAUACUGAGUUGGACAAAAUAAUUUCAGACAUUGAAAAUACAUUGCUGCUUAUUGAUCUCUCUUUUGAUAGUACGGUUAUAUGGGAGCAUCCUAUUAUCAUCAGAAACGACACGAUGACAAAGUUAUCCAACAGAGUAUGGGUUGAGUGCAUGCCUCAAGAUGGCAAGAUUUUCAGAAAGACAUACCCACUGACAAAUGAGUAUGUUUUAGAACUCAUCAAGACAAUGUGCGGUGAUUCGCCUGCAAUAAUGCAAGAAUAA